AUGACUGUUCGUAUAGUUUCUUAUAAUAUUUUUGCGCCUGUUUAUGCUGAUCGACCUGAUCAUUAUUUUAAAUGCAAACCAGAAUUUCUGAAAAGUGAUUAUCGAUGGAAUUUGAUUCGAUCUCAUUUAAAAAAAGAGAUCGAUGAUCAUGAAAAUACAAUUAUUUGUUUACAAGAAGUUUCCCUUUGGUUUUUACCCAAAUUAGAAUUAUUUUUUCGUCAAUUAAAUUAUAUUUUCUUUCAUAAUCUUUUUGGUCAACAACGUAAUGAUUAUCUGAGUGGUAUAGGUAUAGCAAUUCCUAUGUCAAUGCAACUUAAUUCCAUUUCUAUUAUCAAAAUUAGUGAUCAUAUACGGUCAAUGAGUCAACCUCGUGAAAAAAACACAAAUUCUUCAACAUUGGAAAGUGAUCUAAAUCAACCUAUAUCUGACUCAUGGGAAAUUGCCAUGAGUACACCUCAUGUAUUUAUUUGUUUACAAAUUAUAAUCGAUAAUAAACCAUUAUAUAUUGGUACGUAUCAUAUGCCUUGUUUUUACAAAGAACCCAAUGUCAUGGCAAUACACGCAUCGGUCAUGAAAGAUUUAAUGUUUCAAUUAACAAAUGGAGAGAAUUUUAUUCUAGCAGGUGAUUUUAAUAUUAAACCUCAAGAUACGUCCUAUCAAGCUUUGAUAGGAAAAGAUUGCGUCGAUUUCAAUUUACCUCAAUCUAAUACCUAUGAAAUUACAUAUCAAUGUAAUACUAAACAAAUACUGAAGAGUGCUUAUCUUGAAAAGAAUGGUAUUGAACCGAAGUACACAGAUUUUUCUCACAAAAAAGGUUCAACAAGAUUCUGUGAAACACUUGAUUAUAUUUUUUUUAAUGGUGAUCUUACCGUGGAAGAAGUAUUGGAAUUACCCGAAGAUCCUACUAGUGAAUCUUAUCCCGAUGAAACACAUCCUUCAGAUCAUUUAAUGAUUGCAGCAACAUUUCGAUUAUUAUAA